AUGUAUCAAGCACAAGUCCACUCCUGGGGCUCCAAUCCCACAUGGACCAAAGUCCCAGACCUACCUCCGCCCGGGCCAGAAGAACUCCAAGUCAAAGUCCUCGCAGCCGGAGUCCCUCGCGUGGUCAGAUCUCGAGCAUCUGGAAAACACUACUCCUCGGGCUCCCUCCCACACGUCCCCGGCCUCGACGGUAUCGGCAUCAUGACGUCCACGAAUCAAAAAUGCUAUUUCUUCUCCAUGACUUCCCCAAUCAUGUCCGAAUACCUGAACCUACCGAAAACUUCCGUCAUUCCUUUACCAGAUGAUACGGAUCCCGUACAUUUCGCCGCUUCCAUCAAUCCUGCCAUGUCGAGUUGGAUGGCGUUGAAAGGCAGGACGAAUGGACUGGAGGACGGUUUCACAUGUUUGGUUCUUGGUGCGACGAGUGCGAGUGGAAGGUUGGCGAUUCCUCUGGCGAGAGCGCUGGGGGCGACGAAGGUUGUCGGUGCUGCAAGGAAUCAGCAGACUUUGGAUACUCUAGGCCUCGAUGCGUCGAUCAUCAUCCAAGACGAUGUGGAAAAGACUGAUUUCAGCCAUCUUGACGAUGUGGAUGUCAUUGUUGAUUACGUUUACGGCGCGCUCACGCUUCAUCUUUUCCGGUCGCUAAAGACCCCGAAGCCUGUGCAAUAUGUUCAUGUUGGUGGGCUUUCGGGGGAAAUGGAGAUGAGUGUUCCGGGUGAGAUUUUGAGGUCGAAGGACAUUACGAUUCGUGGGAGUGGGCCGGGAGCGUGGAAUAUGAAGGCCUUCGUCAAGACGUUGCCAGAAUUGUUGGAGGCUGUGUCAAAGGUGCCGAAGCAGGCGACGAAGGUUGCGAAGUUUGAGGAUAUCGAGAAGAAGUGGGAUUAUCAGGGGCCGGAAAGGCUGGUGUUCGUGCCUUGA